GCGGUACAUAAAAAUCACCCAACACCGUCUCUUGUCCCUUUAACUAAAAAGCAUGUUGUUAGCAACAAUGUCAGAGUGAUGCUUUCUCCUUUUUCGGUUUAUUUAGAAGAAAAGGCAACGACAGUUUUCAAAGGGAGCUUUUAACUCAAAUAUACCUGUGGCUGUUGGACCCUAAUUCUGUCAAAUGAAUCAUGUUGCUCUGGACUCAAUUGCGGCCCCUUAUCCUUAGUCCCAUGAAUAGACUUCAGCUCCCUAUUUCCAAGUUAUGUUCCGGUUACUUCCAUCGAUCUUCCCUCAACAAGAUCCACUGUCGACGACUGACGUGCAGUCCGAAACAGUGGCCCCCGAGCAGCAGCAUUAGCUGCAGCAACAGCUAUGUUAACAUUACAACCCAACUCCAACCCACAGCUCAGUUUGCAUUUGGUGCCACAACCCGAAAGUUCUCCAAUGGAAACCAGAAUAUCCAGUCAGCGAGACGCCACGAAGGAGACAACAUAGGCCAAGAAUAUUCUCUUAUAUAUUCCAAUUCCUCACUUGCUUACUACCAAACAGCCCAGUUGUUCCUGCAGCCGACGAUGAUCCUCUCCAUAAUUGGGGCCGGCUAUCUGUGCUACAUGUCCAAAAAUGACUUUUUUCUGCAGGACCACGUCAAUUACUUUGAACACCCGUUCGUUGCCGGUUGCAUGUUCUUCGUCUUCAAUUCUUACCUUUUCUUCAUUGUUACCAGAGUAAGCCAGAGUUAUCUACUGCGGAUAUAUGUCCACGAGGACGAAAACAACUUUGUGGCUAUCGUGCCCGGCCUAUUUAUGUCACGUUCACAGCUGCAUUUCACAGCGAACGAUGUGACCCUCUCCUCUCGGAAUGUCGUCUUACCAUUCAAGAGAGGUAACUCUGUCAUCAAAGGGAGAUCAUUUAUAUUACACAGUGAUGAUUUUCUCAUACCAAAAUAUUACGAUAUUUUGCAUCCAGCUAAAAGUGAUGAUGAUAACGAUGAAAAGUAAUAAUUAAUAAAUUAAUUAGUUUGUAAU